AUGUCGACGGUCGGCCCCGAGCCCUUCCCCAAGAUGGAGCACAUCCACGGUGUAGACGUCAGUUGGAUGACACACGGGAAUCCCAAAGACAAGAUCGGCAGGAGAGCUUCUCUCGUCAAGACAUUAUCCCAAAAUACGCUCGACAUUCCCUACUCUGCUUCUCCCGGCACUGCGACUCCAGAAUUUGCCCCAGCGUCGGCGCCAGCAGCAACCAAUGGCUUCAGGACAGACAUGCUCAAUGCGCCAUCGAGCACCCAAAACAUGACAUCCUCCACCACAACAACAUCCACCACAAUCGCGAAACCGAUCCCAAUAGGAGGACUAUCGCCCGCCGCACCGGGAUUCACGAGAACUGGGUCGGACGAAGGAAGGACGCCGCCAAUCGGCGUUUCCCCACAGAGAAGGAAUUCGUGGUUCUCCAACAUCGCAUCCAAGCUCUCGUCCGCAAACGGCGCCGCGCAAAGUCCGCCUUCACCAAAUCCUGCAUCUCCCAAGAACGCCGAAUUCUCCGUGCCCAAGGUCAAUCCUGCUAAGAACGCUGUCCUUCAGCACGCGACAAAACACGAAGGCGACGGUCCCUACAUCCCAGCCCCGCCUGGUCGCGCUCAAGGUGGCGUCUUCCAUAUUUUCCGAAGGUUAUCGUCGUCGAACGGAACACUGAGCACCAACGGAAUGAAGGGGCAUAAUCACGGCCUGGUGGAGCGAAGAAUUUUGAAUGUCGAUCAGAACAGGGAACGAUGUGACAUUGACGGUCUAAACCAGGCUAAACUUCGGAGAGUUGCCUUCUGCGUCGACGUCGAGAUUGCGCCCAUGCCACGAUACGGAGACGACGCAGCGAAAAAGUCAAAUGCAAAGCCCCAGGUGGUAACCACUCAUGUAGCGCCAGAUGGCACCAUCAUGGUCACCAACAGGAAAGAGGAGAGCAGCAGGGAAGCAGAGGCAGCAGCAGCAGCCAAGGCCGCUGCCGAAACAAAGAAAAAGGAAAAGAAGAAGAAGAGCGAAGAAGAGAGGAAGGCUAGGAAAGAGAAGAAGAGGAAGCUUGCCGAGGCGAACGGUACCAUUCCGAUGGAAAUCCACGUCGAUAGCGAUUCCUCCGAUGACGGUGGUAGCACCGCGCCGCCGCAGCCGCAGCUGCAGCCGCAGCAGCAGCAGCAGUCCGAGUCCUCCAGUCGCCGGACGCAAUCGAUGCCGACUACGAACCCCGUCAGAAUAUACCGCCGCUGUUGUCAACUACGCGAGACGCCAAUCCUCAAGAGGAUUACCGAGCAGCUCAUGGACCCCGCAAACAUGGCACCCGAGAAGGGAGUGGUGGAAAAGCUGGACCUCAGUGGAUAUUGGCUGCAGCUACCCGAUCUGGUAACACUCGGCGAUUAUCUGGCCGUAGUCCCGAUCAAGGAGGUGAUUUUGGACAAUUGUGGUUUGAGCGAUGAGGGCCUCCGUGUUAUUCUCGCCGGUCUGUUGGCUGCCAGGAAGAACCCGUUCAAGCGACGAAAGCAGCAGACCGGACCGGAUGGGCUAACACCACAGGGCGGCGUUGUCGAGAGACUCAUUCUGAAAAAUAACAAGAUCGGGGCCGAGGGCUGGAAGCAUAUCUGCCUAUUCGUUUACCUAUGUCACACCCUCAAGGUUCUGGAUCUCUCUCAGGUUCCUUUUCCCCAGCCGCCGCCUAGCAGCCCGACCGCUCGCACAGCGAGCGAUGCGAAGAAGAAUAUGGAUCUUUGCCAACUGUUUUCAAAAUCGCUCGGAGAACGCCUUGGGGGGUCAACGCUUACUCUCUUGAGCUUGGGUGAAACUGGAAUUACCACAGAGCAGCUUGGGUUGGUCGUGGACGGAGUCCUCAAGUGCGGCAUCAGGAAGAUUGUUCUUGCAAACAACGACAUCACAGAUCAGGGCCUGGCGCAUGUCAAGAGGUUUUUGGCGACGCCGACUUGCGAUGGUCUCGAUUUGGGCGGCAAUGACCUGCGGGAUCAUAUUGACAAGCUUACGGAGGCGUUGGACCAGGAAAACUGUCCAUUGUCGGCACUCAGCUUGGCUGACUGUAACUUGACACCGGCAGCUCUGUCCCAGCUGUUGCCGACGCUGGUCAAGUUACCCCAGCUACGAUAUAUCGAUCUGUCCCACAACCACGCGCUCUUCAACGCCGAGGUCAGUGCGGUUGCGGUAUUGCGCAAGUAUCUGCCCGCGAUGCCGUCCUUGAAGAGGAUACACCUCGUUGACUGCGCUCUUACCCCUGAGCAAGUCAUCGCCCUUGCCGAGAUUCUGCCAGAGAUUCCUGGCCUUGCACAUGUCAGCUUCUUGGAGAACCCACAAAUCGUGGAACUGACGGAUGCAAACACGGAUGAGGCGAAGGAGUCCGCCUUUGCGCUGUUCGCGUCGUUACUCUCUGCCGCGAGGGUUUCACGAAGCCUCGUCGCCGUGGAUAUCGAGGUUCCUAAUGAGCAGUCGAGCGAUCUUGUCAAGGCCAUGGCUAAGCAGGUCGUUGCCUACUGCCUUCGCAACAUGGGUGAACACAUGUCGACUGUUGGCGAUUUUGCCUCUAUGGCUGGCGGCCUGCCAGACUUCCCGGCUGAGCCUGAAUACCCCGAUGUGCUUCAGCGCUUGGUUGGUGCUGAUGUCACUCAGCCCUAUGAUCCAGAGGAUGAUCUGGAUAUUGCGCCGGAUGAGGACUACGUUAUUGGUGGCACUGGUGUCGUCAAGGCCUUGGCAUGCUGCUUGGAUAACUGCGACGAAGAGUUUAGGAUUCUAUCUGGCGAGUCGGUCGGCGACGGCGAGGCCGGCCAUGAGCAAACUAAGCCUCACCUCCCCGUCGGCAAGGCUAAGGAGACUUCCAAGCACCUGCUGCUCAGCGCAAGGAAGAUCCGCACCAGGUUACAGCCUGCCAUCCAAAAGGCCAGGGAUUCGCACGAAGAUACCCACGCCUAUCAUCGUCUCAUCUUCAUCGACAACACCCUCAAGGGCAUCAUCAAGCGUUUCGAAGACGAGUUUCCCGACACCAAGGAACUUCCUGCCUCCACCACCGCCGCCGACUCCGCCUCCUUCAUCUCCUCGGGCUCCUCCUUCACCAACUACCCGUACGACGACGCCGAGAAGUUCAUGGGAACUUCCAUCUCCUCCAUCGACCUUGCCCCAUUCGCCUCCAUCUGGAGCGACGACGCCGACGACGCCGAAGCCGCGCAAGCCGCCGCCUUUGGCAUCAAGCCCCGUGGCCUGGUCCGGUCCAACUCCACCCUUUCUCUGUCCUCCCGCGCUCUGGCCGACGAAGAAGCCCGCGUCCUCCGUGCCGGCCACAAGUUUCGCUCGGGUUUGACGGGCAUUGUCAAGCCCGAGCAUUACAUGCUGUUAAACUGCGGCGUGGAAAUGAUUGGAGCCGACCCGAACCACGCUCGUCUGCUGCACGAAAUGUUUGACGAGCUCGACGACGACGAGUACACCAAGAUGGUGGAAGAGCGCGGGGCCGUGGCAGUGUUUAUCGAGAACAAGGAGGACGUGGUUCGCAAGCUGAGGGAGAUGGACCCGGCGCAUUGGGACCGGUUUGUGGAGAGCCAGGAGAUGGCGAGGAAGAAUGUCGAGGCUCCUGUCCAGGGCAAUGCCGUGUUGGCGGAUAAGUGUGAGGCGAACAUGAAGAGCUUGAAUGCGGCGGGGACGGGGGCGCAGGGGACGUCCGAGUUGACGAUGAGGUUGAAGGGGGAGAAGGAGAAGGAGAAGGAGAAGGUUGCCUCUGAGCAGCAGAAGUGAGGUGUUUAAUAUGGAGUUGUUGUCAAGGUAGCGAGGUGGGGGUAUUUAUUUGCUUUCAGUUUAACGGCGGGUGGGUGGUGUUGGGAAGGAAGCACAUGCGGGCGUUUUUGGUGCCGAUUGGGGAGUUUGUGGUUUGUUGCAAAUGGGAGACUUUUUGAUGGUCUGGGAGGGAUUUUCAUUUGUUCUUAUUUAUGGAGGUUUUGGGCUUUUAUCGAGCUCAUGUCGUAGCUAUCAAGCAAUACCAGCAUAUAUGUUCUAC